AUACGGUCCAGGGCUUCUACAUUUUAACCCGUGGCUCCGUCCUUCUUCUCCAUCUAGGUUUUUCUGCGUCUGGAAUCUAACCUGCGAAGACCAAACUCAUCACUCAUGACCAGCGACGAUUUGUGUCUUUAUUCUGCGCUUAUGGUUGCAGGAUUUGUUUCCCCAUCUCUGCCUUGGCAUCGUCACGAUUCACGAAGGGUUAUCUCUUAGAAUCCUUUGUAUGCCUGCGACUUUGUUUUCCAAACAUCGUUCACUGGGUGAUGGUAGCUACUAUGAAAAGGUUUGGGAUUACUGGGUUUCUGCUUGGUCACUGGCAAUAAAGGUAGAAGAACUACUAAGCGCACAAAAGGGUCAUCUGUCGAGCUUGCUCCUGUUCUUGCUGCACAACUUGGCGAUUGGAUUAGUUCUCAUCACACACCUGCCUCUAGAAAAACAUACCAAAAAAGCAAGGUGUGCAUUUAUGUACUUCUUAAAUUGACUAUAUGCUGAUAUUGUUAAACAGAUGACACUUAAUUAGACAAUUAGUUGUAGGAUCGACCACCCUUGAGGAUGUUGUUUCUACUGGUUGCUUAUCAGCUACUCACUUCUUGGGAAUGGCUGUUUGGGAUGGCCCUAAUCCAUGUUACUACAGCUGGGAUUUUGGGAGCUAAAACGAGAGUUCAUCAGUCUGCAAUUGAAGUAAUCCUGGAAAUUUUAAUGCACUCAGUGUUAAUGAUAUGUCACAUUUAUGCUAUGCCAUUUAGUCUGAAAUCUGUUUAUGUUCAAGGCUUAUGUCAAGGACUUCACAUAUGUGUUUUGCCUAUCUUGAGAUUAGGGAUUUUGAGAGUCAAAAUGAGAGUUCAUCAAUCCGCAAGUAAUCCUGGAAGUUUUUGAUAAUGUCACAGUUACGCUAAGCCCUGGAAAAUAUAUUCAUGUUCAAGGCUUAUGUUUUAUUUGGAUCAAGUGCAAUACCUUGUUGUAUCUUUAGUACUUAGUACCCAUGAUCUUUGUUGUUUGAGAGGGGCUUUGGUUUGGUCCUCCCCUUGUGUAUAUUUUUUUCAUUCUAAUAAAAGUUUCUCUCAUAA